AUGUUGAACAUUGCUUCAUCAAGAAACAAGCAUGAUGAACACUCAGUGUCUUCCGAUGACCUUUUAAAACACAAUGAUGAAACCAUUCAACAAGACUUUUCAUCCACAACAUCAUCAUCAUCAAAAAAACAAUUUAAAUGUUUGGAUCAUAACUUUGAAAUUAUUCAACGAAACAAACAACAAUCCAUUCAAGUAAUAGAAGACAUCAAAGAUUGUACAGAGUUUCCAGUGAUUGAUAGUUGGAAAUCCUUCGGAUUAGACCGUAGAAUUAUUAGCGCCGUGUUUAGACAAGGCUUUCAUGAGCCUACACGAGUUCAACAAAUUGCAAUUCCGAUUGCGCUAUCAGGGAAAGAUAUUGUUUGUAGUUCAUCGACCGGUACUGGUAAAACUGCAGCCUUUCUGAUUCCUGCAAUACAAAUGGUUUUACAUGAACGGAAAAUGAAUCAAAUGGCAGAGGAUACACAAAGGGUAAAAAACAUUGCAGAAAGUUUGAUGUUUGAAAACUCUCAUCAUUCUGGUACAAACGUUUUACACAAACAACAUACGACUUCCGUUCAACAAAGAGGUGUGAGAGUUCUCUAUCUUGUGCCUUCACAAGAAUUAUGUAUUCAAGUACAUCAACAAUGGAAGUUGUUGGCACAAUUUUGUAAAGAUGAAUGUAACUGUAUUUACUUUAGAAGCGAAUUGAAUCAAUUACAACAGGAUAUUAAGGAUCUAUGUGAUUUACAACAUCCAAUUUUAAUUACUACACCAGAAUCACUUGCAUAUGCUCUUUCUAACUCUUCAAUCUCUCUUAAAGAAACUCUAAAGCUUUUAAUUAUUGAUGAAGCAGAUCAAAUUAUUAGAAAACAAAUGGAGCAAAUUACCAUGAUAGUGAGCAAACAUUUACCAGGUCUUUUCCAGUGUAUCCUCAUGAGUGCUACCUUAAAGGCUCAACAGGCUAUUUCUCUAAAAGAACAAUUGCUGAAAGAACCAGUAGUUAUCCAGCUCGACAGAAGAACUCAGAGUUUAGAAGGAAAAUUACACCAAUAUUAUGUUGACAUGAAACAAAUGCAAGCUAAAUUACCAAACUUCAAAGUGAACUCAAUAUUACUGUUAUAUUAUUUUCUGAGUCACAAAUUCUAUGGAGGACGUGUCAUUGUUUACGUACCAGCAAACAAACUUUUCUUUGUUUAUUUUGGACUCAGAGCUUUUGGUGUGAAUUGUGUCAUGCUUCCAUAUUUUUAUCCAACCUUGGCUAAAAUUGAUAUUAUUAAGAGAUUCAACACGAAUGAGUAUCAAGUUCUUAUCAGCACUAUGGAACCUGAGAGUGAGGUUCAAGAGGAUGACGACAAUGGAAAGGAACUUUACAUACCAAGUAGAUUCUCAGAAAUGAUUGCACACUUAGAACGACGUGCUAAAGGUCUUGACAAAACCAAGCACAGCACAACUGUGUCACAUCUUUCGAGAGGUAUUGACUACAAACGAGUGGCCUCAGUCAUAUAUUUUGAUCUUCCCAAAUCGUGCACUGAAUAUAUUCAUGGAGUGGGUCGUACAGCUAGAGCAGGCAAUGUUGGAGUUUCAGUCAUGUUUGUUCAACCCUAUGCAGAUCAAUCGGAUUGGGAAAAAUUGAAAACAGAAAUUGAGUCCAAGUAUGGUAUUGAGGACGGGUUGAAACCUUAUCCUUAUAUUGAUUAUGACAUUGUUUUUGAAAAUGAAUAUAGAGCCACUUUGCUUGUAGAACAUUUUUCAAAGCCAUUCACAGAAAAGUAUAAGGAAGCUGUUGAAAUGGAGAUUGCCAACCAAAUGAGACUUGCCAUGGGAAAAGAAGUUAUUCAUGACAUGGAACCUCCUUUCAACGUAGAAUUUGAAGAACCAAAUCCGGGAAUGGUUCGACAAGAUCCUUUUCUCUUACAAGCUGGAUUGCUAGCAAACAUUACUGCAAAGGGAGACACCAUUCGAAGCAAAUCUGAUAUUUAUACAAAAGGAAAAUCACUGAGGAUAAAAACAUCGGAAGAAAAGACAUUGAUAAAUCGAAAAAUUCAACAGGACAUUAAGGCCAAAGAUCCAUUGUUCCAUUUCCAAAAGCCAUUCGUUGAUCAAACUAUUGAGAGACUUGAGAAUGCUGCCCCAGUUGAAAACUUUAUGAACAAGCUUACAAAUAACACAUUGGGAGUUGACAACAUUAUCAAACAUCAGCGAGAUGCAUUGAUAAAUCCUAAAAAGACUGCAGAAAUUAAGCGAUCGAUUGCCAGCUCACAUAAACAGAAAGUUGAGUCUCUCAAGAGAGGUAUUGCGAGUGCAGACAUGUUAAAUCCUCACAGAAAGAAGUUUAAGGACGGAUUUUAUCAAAAAAAGAGUGCAGAGUCUUUUGAGGAUAAUAAUUUUCACGAAGACAACAGUUAUACACAUUAUGACCAAAAUGAAGAACAAUCGAGGUACAAUAGAAAUCAUCAAGGACGAGGAAAUUAUCGAAAUAACAAAAACAAUACUUACGAAAAUGAAGCCUCCUAUGACAAUGAUGACAAUUAUCAAAACAAUAGCAGAAACUAUUAUCGAAGAGGUUACAACAGUUAUGACAAUAAUUACGAAAAUAACGAAGAGACCAAUCAUACUGAAGAAAGCUACUACGACAACAGUUCUCAAAACAAUUAUCACAACAAAAAGAGCUACCGAAAGUACUAA